AUGGUUAACGAGACGACCGACGAGAAAUCCUCGAGGGUACUCUCGUCUCCAUCCAGCUCGUCCAACCGGAGUACACCUCCCACCACGGCCGACCCGGAGAAGAAGGACCGGUCCGAGAGACGCGGAAGCCAAGGACGCCUAGUCACCAGCCACGGCCCCGGGGAAGAAGUCGAGGGCGUUCCCCACCACCACCAUAAGCCCAGUCUGAGCUCGGCCCCGGCCCCGCUGCCGCAGUACACGGACGAUGGCAAGCGCAUAAUCAGCGAGGAUGAGUGUGAGGGCAUUCUGGGCUACGCCUGGCCGACGUGGAAGAAGUGGAUGCUUCUCACGUCCAUCGUUCUGGUGCAGAUCUCGAUGAACUUCAACACGAGCGUGUACCCCAACGUCGUGACGCCCCUGACCGAGGCUUUCGGCGUCAGCGAGACCAUGGCCCGCCUGGGACAGUGCCUCUUCCUCAUUCUGUACGCCUUCGGGUGCGAGCUCUGGGCCCCCUGGAGCGAGGAGUUUGGCCGGUGGAGGGUCCUGCAGAUCUCGCUCUUCUUCGUCAACGUCUGGCAGAUCCUCGCCGCCCUGGCCCCCAACAUCGGCACCAUCCUCGUCGCCCGGUCCCUGGGCGGUCUCAGCUCCGCCGGCGGCAGCGUGACCCUUGGCAUGGUGGCCGACCUGUACGGCCCCGACGACCAGCAGUGGGCCGUGGCCUACGUCGUCAUGUCUUCCGUCGUGGGCACCUCCAUCGGUCCCGUGGUCGGCGGCCCCAUUCAGAAGUUCCUCUCGUGGCACUGGAACUUUUGGAUCCAGCUCAUCUUUGGCCUGACCGUCCAGGCCAUCCACCUGUUCAUGCCAGAGUCCCGGUCUACCAUAAUCAUGGACCGCGAGGCCAAGCGCCGCCGCAGUUCGGGCGAGGAGGACAACGUCUACGGUCCCAACGAGGUCAAGAGGCCGCGCAUCUCCCUCCACGAGUUCGGCAUCACCUGGAUCAGGCCCUUUGAGAUGUUCCUCCGCGAGCCCAUCGUCCUCAGCUGCUCCCUGCUCUCCGGCUUCUCCGACGCCCUCAUCUUCACCUUCCAGGAGGGCUACAAGCCCGUCUACCAGAAGUGGGGGUUCGGCGUCCUCCAAAUCGCCUGGGCCUUCAUCCCCAUCAACAUCGGCUACGCAGUCGCCUACGCCUCCUACGUCCCCUGGAUCCGCCGUGACCAGCACAGGAUCAGGACCGCGGGCGCUGACAGCAUGGCCCCCGAGUUCAGACUCAAGUGGCUUCUGUGGCUCGCCCCGCUCGAGACAAUCGGUCUGUUCGGCUUCGCCUGGACCUCCAUGGGUCCCCCCGAGUCCCACUGGAUCGGCCCCAUGGUCUUCUCUUUCCUCAUCGCCGUCGCCAAUUACGCCAUCUACAUGUCCACCAUUGACUACAUGAUUGCUGCCUACGGCGUCUACUCUGCCAGCGCCACUGGCGGCAACGGCUUCGCCCGAGACUUCCUGGCCGGUAUCUCGUCCCUGUACGCCACCCCUCUCUACGGCAGCUGGGCCGGGGACAUGACGACCCAAUACGCCAGUACCAUCCUGGGCUGCAUCGCCGCCGUCGUCCUUGUCCCCGUCUACGUCAUCUACUGGAAGGGUCCCGAGAUUCGCAUCAGGUCCAAGUUUGCCGAGUCUCUCGACGCUGAGCGUAAGGAUAAGGAGAGAAGGCGGUCUUCCGCUGCUCCUGUGAUACCUCAGGUGUAG